AUGUCAUCUACAAUAAUUAAUCAACCAGAACAACAACAACAAAGUGAACAUGAGGAAAAAAAUUCUUCCAGUAUCGAGGUUAAAGAUGUUGAGACAGUUGUCAACAAAAAGACAAAAUUAUUGAUGUGGAAAGCAGAAAAAGAACGUAAAAAAAAAGCUGAAAAUAAAAAUCAAAGACCAACAUUUAAAACCAGUGUUAUACCACGUCAUAAAUAUUAUUCACCACCAAAUAGAGUAUCAACAAAAAAGUUGACAAUGAAAAAUAAUAAAAAUACACGUGUUAAAUUAGCAGCUGUUUCAAAUGCAUCUACAAAGAGUCAAGUUGCCAAAAAAUUAACAACAAAAAAUACAAAGCCAAUAGCAUCAUCAUCAUCUUCAGAAUCAUCCUCAGAAUCAUCUUCAGAAUCAUCAUCUUCAUCAGAAUCAGAAUUAUCAUCAUCUUCGUCUUCAGAAUCAUCAUCAACUCAAGUUGAAAAUGUACCAAUUGAACAAGACAAAACUGAAACAGCAACAACAUCAUCAAUAAAAAGUGCAUCUGAAAAAUCAUAUCAAGUUGCAAGUCCAUCAACAUCUUCAUCAGAAAAUGAAUCUUCUCCAGAUUCAAUAAAAUCAAAAAGUCAUUCUGAUACAAAGGAAACAUUAUUAUCUUUGAGUGCAAUUGAUGUUGCAAAAUUACAUGAAGUUGUUGCACUUCAAGAAAGAAAAACACUUAAUGAAAUAUGCAUUUUAUGGUCAGAAUUACGAAGUGAUACUGAUUUACCAGCUGAUGAAAUAAGACUAGUCAAUGCUGAAAUUGCUAGACAUUCUUAUUUAAUUAACAAAGAAUUAACAAGAUUUAGUCAUACUAUUGCUGGAUUUGAUCCUCGUUCACAAACUUAUAUUUGUUCAAAAGAGUAUAAACGUUUUUAA